AUGACGAGAGACUCGCGCAAUUCAGCUGGAAUCAUCUUCCAUUGUUUGGCGGCUCCUCCGAAGAUCACCUGCCACUCCAGUUGGCUAGAUCUUCAGGCGGUACCCGAUGAUCCGUCAGGUCUGCACUAUUCGGAUUACGAAGGCCUCGGAGCAUCUUUCCCACUUACCCAGCCGGCCGCAUUUGACAAAGCAGCCAUAUCGAAUACCGCGGAACCUUCCAAGCUGGAGCCGUUGCUACUCGAGAUGCGUGAGCGUAUCGUUCGUGGGUUGCGCAUCUGCCGAAAGAUGCGGCAAUUUCACCUAUCCAUCUCCCUCCUGAUGAUGUUGCUAGCGCUGAUGCUUCCCACGUGCUUACCACACUCCAAUUUGGCCACUAAUGUCGUGGGGAUGUUCACUUUUGUCAUAAUCGGAGCCACUUUAUUUGCAUUGGUGUGGGGCUCGAUUGUGGGUCGGACGACUGAGCGACGCGCUUUGGAAAAUGCCGUCCAGACGAUCAAUGUUUGGCUGUCUUGUUUGCCCUCCUCUGUGUCAAAUGGGCUAAAGACACCGGUUCCCGAGGCUGUGCCACGUGGUGAUGUGCUGUGA